AUGGCAGCGAGUCGCAAGAGAUCAAAACCAGGAUCAGACACCACCACCACCAGCUGCAAAGCAACACUAGCUUCCAUCAACUUCAACGACAGACCACCACAGCCCACAACAAUCAUCUCACUACCCAAAAAUGAAGACGAAGUCGAGACCCUCCUCGAAAAGACGAGCGCCCUCGCCGACGUAGUCUCCCACAACCGCAGCCUAGCCGUCUAUACCGCCUUCGCAGCAACGCCCAACCCCAAACGCGACCCCGUCGCCAUCGCCAAGAGGGAAGCCGACGUGCGCGAGCUUGAAAUGUACGACCGUUUCGAACAGAUCGGCUGCCAGCCGCAGCCCUGGAUGAAGCUCGACGUGCUCAAGGACGUGAAGCCGCUCGACAGGGAGAACAAGAAGACGGCGGCGCGGUACGAGGAUAUGGCGUCCUGUGUCGACGAGGUGUGUGGCACAACGGGCGCAACGAAAGAAAACGUGGCGUGGAUCGUGGAGAAUAGGGAGGUUGUGCUGCCGCUCGUCAAGUUUUAUCUGAGGAUUAAGAGGGCGAGGAGGAAUCUUUCGGGUGGGCAGGCGAGUCUUUCGAGUAACGAGCUGGCCGAGUACCAGACGGUGCGCAAGAUUCGGAGUGUUUUGGGGGUGAGGAUGCAAAAGUUUCGGAUGGAGAAGGCUUCGGAGAGGAGGUUGAGGGGGUAUGAUGUUGUUCUGUUGAGGAGACAAAAUGAGAUGAAUGCUAUUUUGAAGGGGCAGCGGGAUCGGGAUGGGAAGAGUGAUGAUGGGUUUGCUGCUGAUGGGGGAGAGAAUCAUGUCGACCUCUAA